AUGAAGGGUCUAAUGAGAUUCAGACAGAAGGGGAAGCUAGCGCCAUGGUUCAUUAGCCCUUUUGAGGUCCUGGAUCGUGUGGAAGCCAUAGCAUACCGCCUUGGGCUACCUACUGCACUGGCUGACAACGCCUCUUACACCAAGGAACCUAUCCGCAUCUUGGACUACAAGGAGCAGCUCCUCCAGACUAAGACGAUACCAUUAGUCAAGGUUCUUUGGUCACACCAUGGAGAAGAAGAGGCGACGUGGGAACGAAAAGCUGAGGUUAAGGAGAAAUACCCUCACUUGUUCAAUAACACACCUUAG